GUGAAAGUAGCAACGUGGGUUUUAGCACAACUCAGGUUGGUGAAAGUGGUAACUAACUUCAAUUAUGCCCCUAAUAGUGGUGUGUGGUUACCCCUGUAGUGGUAAGUCACGAAGGGCAGAGGAGCUGAAGGUCUAUUUUGAAGAGAGCACAGAAAAAAAGGUUCACGUUGUUGGAGACGGAAGCCUGGGCGCUGAGAAAAACAUUGUUUACGCAGAUUCACAAAAGGAGAAAAAUGUCCGAGCAUCUCUCAAAGCUGAAGUGGAGAGGAAGGUCAACAAGGAUGACAUUGUUAUUCUGGACUCAUUAAAUUAUAUAAAAGGCUACCGCUAUGAACUGUUCUGUCUCAUCAAACACGCACAGACACCACAUUGCCUGGUCUACUGUUUGACAUCCGACGAGCAGAGCUCAUUAUGGAACACAAACAGAGAUCUUGCUGAGCAGUACAAUCAGGACAUCUUUGAUGCAUUAGUUCAGAGAUUUGAAGCUCCGGAUUCCAGAAACAGAUGGGACAGUCCUCUCUUCACGAUCCUGAAAGACGACACGCUUCCAUUUGAAGCCAUUUCUGAUGCACUUUUCAAAAGAAAAGCACCCCCGCCGAACCAGUCUACUCAGAGUCAACCGCUCUCAUCUGCAAACUUCUUGUAUGAGUUGGACAAGAUUACUCAAGAUGUCUUGAUGGCAAUUUUUAACGUCCAAAAAACGAGCGUUCCCGGGGACCUCAUCUCAAUUCCAGGAUCUUCGGAAAAGGUUGAGCUCACCAGAAACAUCAACAUGGCGGAGCUGCGGAAGCUACGGCGCCAGUUCAUCAGCUACACCAAGAUGCACCCAACAGAGAACACGGGGCAAAUUGCUAAUAUGUUUGUUCAGUAUUUAAAUAAGAGUCUGCACUGACAUUUUUUAUGAGAUUUGUUUAUUUUACAUUUUCUGUGACAAAUAAAUGUUCUUAACAACAAAA